AUGGCCACCGAAACGACAACCGGGGCGAUAAGUUUAGAUCAGCAAGUUCCACCGAACGAGCCGCAAGGCUCGUCUGUCUCGAAGAGUGCGUACCCCAGCGCAAAUGCUAGUAUAUACGAUGAAGAGGCCCCGCGGUCGGCCUUCUCGGUCAUUGAGCCAACGGCGCACCUGUCGACUGUCACUACUCACAUCCUAGAGCCCGUAGCCAGCGACACAUUUCCUGAUGGAGGUCUCCGGUCGUGGUCCGUGGUCGUUGGCUCCUUUUUUCUUUUGAUGAGCAGUUAUGGGCUCAUGAACUCCACCGGUGUUCUGCAGAGCUAUUUUGCGUCACACCAGUUGGCGAAUUAUUCUACCAGUGCCGUGGGCUGGAUUCCCGGAGUGUUCACAUUUUUCGGCUUGGUUCUUAGUGCUCAGGCCGGGUCGCUCUUCGAUAGGUAUGGACCGACGGGCAUCUUGGCUGCUGGGACGGUGUGCUACACCACUGGGCUUUUGCUUCUGGCCGAGUGCAAGCUAUACUGGCAGUUCCUGUUGACGCUGGGCGUGCUCGCUGGGACUGGAGCUGCGCUUCUGAGUACGGCGGCAAUGGCGGCCGUUCCGCAUUGGUUUAAUGCUCGCGUGGGUCUGGCGAUGGGUAUUGCUAUGGCCGGUGGUGGUGUUGGAGGUGUCACUUUCCCGCUUAUACUGCGGGCGGCUUUCACGAAGCUCGGGUAUAAGUGGUCAAUACGUCUUUUAGCCUUGCUGGUGGGCGUGUUUUCUGGAAUUGGAACCCUUUUGGUGAGGUCUCGGUUGCCGAAGGGACGUAGCAAGUCCACGAUCAACUUGCGGGCUUUCCAGGAUAUGCGGUUCACGUGGCUCACUCUAGGGACAUUCAGUCUUGAACUGGAGGUAUUUGCGGGCCUGGGUCUGUUCCCGACAUUCAUCGUGAUGCAAGGAUUUAGCACCUCCGCCAGUAUUGUUCUUCUGGCAGUGUUGAACGUGUUCUCGACAAUCGGUCGCCUUUUGGCCGGUGGAUUCGCAGAUAGAUUCGGGCGGAUCAACACGCAAGCAACUCUCAUCAUCGCGGGUGCACUUGCGGUCUUCGUGAUCUGGCUGCCAUUCGGCAAUACAUUGCCCGGCCUGUACGUCUUUAGUGCGGUAUUCGGUCUGGCAUCGGGCUCCUUCUUGAGCCUCGCACCCGCCUGUAUCGGGCAAAUAUCCAAGGCCAGUGAAGUGGGUGGAAGAUUCGGCGCCUGUUAUUCGAUUGUCAGCAUUGCGACUCUAACUUGCAUUCCAAUCGGAGGUGAAAUGCUGGAAAAGGUAGGGAAGAGAGCGAUGGUCGCAUAUUUGGGAAGUUUGCUCAUCGUUGCUCUGGGCUUGUUCACGAUGGCUCGCUGGGCCUGUUUGGGCUAUCGUUGGCGAUGGAAUGCGAAAAUCUAA